AUGCUCAUCAACCUGACAGUGGCCAUCAAGGAAACUCGUGCCUUUCAUGGAACACAGCCUGCCCACCCCACCGCUGCCCCUGAAGCUGUGGAAGUGACGGCCAUGGAUUCACAUCCGGUGCUGGUCGCCCCUCCACCGCCUCCCCUAGCACCUCCACCACCUCCGCCUCCACCUCCUCCUCCCCCGCCUCCACCUGCAUCCUCCUCUUCCUCCUCCUCGCCAUUUAGCCGGGCGGACAGUGCCCGUCGAAGCCGUCUGAGGAAGCUGAACUGGGAGCGUAUCCCCAAAGAGAAGGUGGAGGGGAGGAACAGUGUGUGGAGCGGGGCGGCCCCGGGCGAGGACGAGUUCCCCAUUGACCUCCAUUCUCUGGAUGAGCUGUUUGGUCAGAAGGACAGUAAGCCUCAGGACAGAACCAGCACCCUGAGACGCCGGUCUACUCUGCUGCGCAGCAGAUCCCCCCAGGACAGCUCAGAGGAGAUCUCCCUAUUGGACUCCAAACGCAGCAUGAACAUUGGAAUAUUUCUCCGCCAGUUCAAGAUGCCUGCUAAAGAGAUAGUUGAGGAUAUCAGGCAGGGUGCUGGGGACCGUUACGGAGCAGAGAAGCUCACAGAGCUCUGCAAAUUGCUGCCUGACAAUGAGGAGGAGUCUCGCCUGAGGAGGUUCAGUGGGGAGCGGAGCUGGCUGGGAGAGCCUGAUCUUUUCAUGCUGCUGUUGGUGGAAAUCCCCAGUUUUCGGCUUCGUCUGGAUGCCAUGAUCCUGCAACAGGAGUUUGACCCUGCUAUGACCUCUCUGUGUGUGGCAGCCAGAUGCCUGAGGGAGGCAGCUAGAGAACUGCUGAGCUGUCCUGAGUUACACUCCAUCCUUCGUUUGGUGCUGAAAGCUGGGAACUAUAUGAAUGCUGGUGGAUAUGCAGGGAAUGCUGCUGGUUUCCGAAUUUCGUCGCUUCUCAAACUGGCUGACACCAAAGCCAACAAGCCGGGCAUGAAUCUUCUGCAUUUUGUAGCUAUGGAAGCUGUGAAAAAGGACCAGAGUUUACUGUCAUUUCCCAGCCAACUAGGCCAUGUUGGCCCCGCCUCCAGGUUGUGUGAGGAAUCUGUUUUGGAGGAUUUAUCCAAGUUGAAAAGCAGAGUGGCUGCCCUCAAGGCAAACACCCAGACUGAAGCAGAGAUUCAGCAGCACACACAGCGAUUCCUGGAGUUGGCCGAGGAGCGUCUGAAGGAGGCAGAGGAUGAGGUGGAGGGAAUGAGGAUGUCGAGUCAGGCUCUGGUGGAGUUCUUCUGUGAGGACGACAGCACUUUCAAACUUGAGGAGGCAUGCAGGGUCUUCCAUUUGUUUUGCCACCGCUUCCAAAAAGCUAUCCAGGAGAAUGCAGAGCGGGAGCUGAAGGAGCAGAAACGUCUGGAGCGCCAGCGUGAGAUUGGGGAGAAGCGUCGCUCUUUGGCCAUUUGUACUGGGCUGGACCUGGGACUGACCCUUUCCAGAGAGCCUCACAGUCAGGAGAGCCAAGAUGAAUUGGAGAAACUCCUAGAGAAGAACCUCAGCUACACUUGGAGUCGUCGUAGCCUGAGAAGCUCUGACUCCCGCAGAUACUCGCACCACCUCCAUAACUCAUCCAUGCUAAAGAGCUUCCCUGUGCUUGGCAGCAGCCCAACGUCAACCAGCUAUCACUCAAACAGCUCUUCUGACCUUGAAAACACCGCUGUACUUUGCAGCUCUCCAGAGACUGACGGCACAUGUUCCCCCACUGACCAAGAACCUGUUCUGGGUAGAGGGAGCAGGGUUCAGCCCAGCCAAACAACCAGACGGGGCGUGGAAGCUCUUCAGGACUCGCACAUUGCUACAUUUAGUAAUUCUCAGCAUGGACAUAGCUUCACAGUCAAACAACAAGGUCCUGAGAGCAUUUCCUAUAUGCUGCAGGGCCAACCCAAGGAAACUGGACUUGAAAAAGAAGUUGAGAUUUCAAAUGAGCACAUGACUUCAAUGAACACCGAGUCUUCACCCAGUUCCUGUCCUAGCUCUGCUGCUAUAGAUACUGAUACACCUGCCCUAUGUGUUAAAUCCCAGACCUCUGCUCACAGACAUAGGUUUGGCCUGCCAGUAACAGACAAUAAUCGCUCUCUUCAGAGAAAAUCUAAUGGCUCUUCUGUCAAUGAGCCUGUACCUCAGUCUGUUCAUACGAAUGGAAUACUUUCUCACAGCGACACCAGGGCUGGGCUGUUGAGUUACCAGAGAUCUGAGAGCCAAUCACAAUCAUCUGUAAAAGCUCCAAAUAAAGCCCAGUCACAGCCACAGAUGAGAGAGACGCGUGCUGUGAUGCCUUUGCCUGAUGCUGGUCUAACAAAGCAGACAGAUACAGAAGUGGCAUCCACACCUGUGGAUGAGAACUGGAUGCCCUCCAGUCUACCAGAGUUCAGCCAGUCGCAGCCAGAGGAGUACUCUGACUUGCCAAGUCCAGAGAAGGAGAUUGCAAGGUCAUACUCCCGUGUGGGUGAAACACUGGAGUGCCACACUUUGGUGAAAGGCCUCCGGUCCUAUGAGGCCUUGUCACCCCCAACCUCUCCACUCCCACGACCUGCACCGAGCCUCUGCUCCAAGUGGAGGAAAGAGAGGGAGAUUGACCUUCGGGAGGGGGCAACUCCAGGGUCUCCUUCAUCAAAGGAGGAGAGUCAAACCAUGAAGAUCCCUGUGCGUAGUGGAAUAGGAUCCAAAAGGGGACUUGUGUCACGUGCAGGACCUUCCAACAGCACAGGCAUUCCCAGGGUCCGCUCCAAAACUGAGCCUUCAAAUGGUGGCCCAGCCCCUACAAACCCACCCACACCUAGUCGGCUAUCUACUCCUCGCAGCAUGUCAUUGCGCUCGUCUCCCAUCACUCGGCCUGCCAUCAUUCAGACAGAGGUGAAACGAAGCAAUAGCACCCGGGAGAGGACUGUAAGUGAGUCACAGACUCCAGGAAAGCCCACCCUGACCCACAGGACCUCAGACAGAUCCCUACCAGACAAGGUCUCGGGCAGCACCCAACAAGCCUUCGUCAGAGGGAGCCCUCUCCGUGUGUCAAAACGACUUGCCCCAAACUCUGAGACUCAGGUUUCUUCCCAGGCCCGCACUGCCCACAGCCCAUCCUCCGCCACAGCCAAGACGAUACGUACGGCUGUCAUAUCUGCAGCCCGAACUAAAACUGCCAAGACCACAAGCACAAGCACCUCGCCUGCUAGCUCUAAAAUCCCUACAGCAUCACGGAUACCUGGUCCCAAAAUGCCUCGAGCUACAGCCCAGCCACUGUGGAGGUGAUGGAAGUGAAUAAGUGAUAAAUCUUUCCAUGCCUUUUCUGUAUGUUGGUCUAAUAUAUGGGUAUUCAUGAAUGGUGUGAGUUAUCAGGUCUGAAUCUGCUCUCCUUCAACUGUAGUUCAUCUAAAUUUAACUUUUAGGAAAUGUGUAUGUAGUUCUGAGUGCAUAGGUUCUACAUAUGUGACACAGAGCUGCACUGGGAGCAUCUGUGAUACUUUAUCUCCCCACUAGAAAAGUAGAAUAGACUCUUUAAAUCCUACCUCUUUUUACAUUGGCUUGUGUCCAUUGCAGGCAAUAGGACACUACAAAAAGACCCAUGUUCAUAUGUAGAACAGUUUAACAUACGUUUCAUGUUAGUGAAAAGGAUUCCACCAAGUGAACACUAUGUGGCUUUGAAAGAUCUGUGAUUUGGGGAACUGGUCAAUCACUCUGGCAUAAAAAAAGGUGUUUUUUUUUUGUUUUUUUUAGGAAAUUAUCCAAAUGUUUUGAAAACUGUGACCCUUCUGUGAUCAUUGCAUUCUCACACUUGGCUGUCUUACAGUGUGAACUUAACUCGGUACACUAUUGAACUGUUCAUCCUCUAGUUGAGUGGCCUCAUGGCUCUGAUGCACUUUACAAACUGAAGAAGAGGCUGUGCAGGGAUGAUUACUGUCAUUUUGGUUUUAUAUCAAAAAUAUUCUAUAACUUUAUUGAAUAGCAUUGGUUGUUAUUCACUGCAUUAUGUGGCUUUGUAAAUAAGAGAAGAUGAAUAAAGA